AUGAGUAACGAACUACUUAGUGAAGGAGAACUUACCAAAAAAUACCCCAAACGAGUAGAAUUAUUAAAAGCUUUAGAAAUAAAUAUCUUAAAAGGUCAUCCAAACUCUCUCGUAAAUAAUAUCACAAUACUGGAACUAGAGAAUUGUCAUGAAUAUAAUGAAGAAAUUUUGUUAAAUCUACCCAAAACAUUUAUCACACUCGUAUGUAAUCAUAUACUCCAUCAUAACUGUCUUGAAAAAAGUAAUAAAGAUAAGCAAAAAACUUGUUCCAUUUGUUUCAUAAAUAAUGAAGAAACAACAUCAACUGAAGUUCAAGACAUAAAUAUGUCUGAAGCAGUAGAAGAUGAAGGUGAAGAAACCUCUAAUCUAACAGGGUGUUUAAUAAAAGAACUAUCUAUGCUAAGUAAGCCAAUUGAUAAUAAUGAUAGAGAAAAUAAGAGCAAAGAAUCAAAACCAAUAACUUUACUCCAGUUAUACUAUAAUGCAAACUGGACAGAAAAACAU